AUGAAUUCUAUACCUCUUGCUUUGAAUCACACUACUGAAUCCAGCGAUAAGCUCACAGAGCUGCUUUGGCAGGAUGCUUUGCGCCAUCUCGGGUCCACGAACAACGAAGUGUUGCUUCCAAUCAAUGUUAUCGAUAUGAUCGGUCAGAGCAAUGUCGACAAGAUCAAGUCUCGUCUUUGUGCUUUAAUUGGUGCUCCGGUAGUAGCUUUCGUCGAUGAAUCCAUAAAUGCACUCCGUGUCAUGCGUACACCGGCGUUUUCAGGUACAACAAUAUCUGUUGCAUCUCACGAAGUGGCAUCCUGCCUCGAAUUCAAAUCAAUCAAAGUCCCUAUGAAAAAGCAUGAGCGGUCUUCGGUUCCUGUUAAGGCUGCAAAAGUUCCUCGCCCGCCAAAUGCAUUCAUCUUAUACCGCCAGCAUCAUCAUCCUAAACUCAAGGAGGCCCAUCCCAAUCUCUCAAACAACGAGAUAUCCGUUAUUCUAGGAAAGCAGUGGAAGGCAGAAUCCGAAGACAUCAGGGUAGAAUUUAAAGCCCUGGCUGAUGAAUUGAAGCGAAAGCAUGCAGAGGCGCAUCCCGAUUACCAGUACACACCACGCAGGCCAUUCGAGAAGAAGCGUCGAACUUUGUCUCGUCAGUAUCCCAAAUCGACGGCGGAAUACAAGUCGCCGGAUCUCACUACUACCAGCACCGAAACCACUAGUCCUUCGAUUGACACCAACGUACAGAUAGACGAUACUGGGAUUGAGGGAACAAUGAACUUCUUUCCAGAAUAUAACAUGCCCAUUAUGCACACCGGCGACAUUCUCUAUAACGACCUGAUACCGAGCGAUAUGCCACUUCUAUCGGACGAGCACUUCCAGCUGGACCCGGAGAUAUUGGGCUCGUUGAUAGCACAUGUUCAGACAGACUUCGGCAAGGGUACAGGAUUGUGCACACCUCCAUCAACUCACAUUAGCUUCACCGACCGACAUAUUGGCGAGACCAUCGAGUUCUCGGACUACAUUACCGAUCUCUAUUGAAGAAGGAUGAAUCGGUUCAACAUUUCCUUCCCUUUCCCCUUUUCCCCGUUCUUACUAUAUGACUUUAACGGCCAGCAAGGGCUCUGAGGGGAGCAUUACGGACAAUCUCUGUUAUUUAUAAAUACCCAUAUAACCAGAUGGGAUUCGGAUCUCCAUCCCUAAUCUCCUGAUCAUCUUCCCCAUUCCAAUUCAUUCCCCUGGGCGGAAGGAGGACAGGGGGAACCAAAACGUUUCUGUUUCAAAUCAAACCGCAUAUAUGUCUC